UGUGACUUUGCUCCGCCGGUGAGGCGAAGGUCCAGGUUACUGUGUACGAGAGUCUGGCCCAGGCUUGUGUGCGGAAGACCGAGAGAGGGAGUGUGCGUGUGUGCCUGUGUCAGGCGGGCGGGUCCAUAUCCGGGUGGACCGGGUGGGUGGGGCCGCCCCCCCUCCAGGUCCCGAGGUGUGUUGGGGGUGGGGAGUGACGCGCAGAGAUUCCCUUUCGCCCCUUCGGAUCCAAGAAGGGUCGGGGCAGAAGGAAAGCGAGAGUGACAGGGCGUGGAUUUAGGGCGUGCCCACCUUGCAGAUCGGCACCCGGGAGUGCCCCGGCCAACGGGCCUGAGCCGCGGCGGGGACACGAAAAAGGAGGAGAAGGAACCCAAGGAGGGCUCGCCUAACCAGCCACCCGCUCCGAACUUGCCGGGGAAACUAGUGCGGAGGGAGGGGCCGGGCCCUGGCCGCAGCAAGAGGAGGGGCGGCCGCAGCUGCAUCCAGCCCCGUUGGCUUCCUUCCCAGCUCUCCUUUGCCUCCUCCUCCUCUUCCUCCUGUAUGAGUCAGGCAUUUCCCGGGGAUUUGGAGCAGCCACGCGCGGCCCGGGCGCCCGGAGCUGUAGCAGCAGCAGCAGCACAGCCGCCGCGGCGGGCACCCGCGUCCCGGGCGCUCACGGACCAUGGAGAAGGCGGCCCAGGGCGCAAACAGCAGCAGCCGCAGCAGCAGCCGCGCCACCUCGGCGGGCUCCUCGCCCUCCUGCUCCCUGGCGGGCCGGGGGGUCUCCAGCCGGUCGGUGGCGGCCGGGCUUGGAGGCGGGGGAAGCCGCAGCAGCCCAGGCUCGGUGGCCGCUAGCCCGUCCGGGGGAGGCGGCCGCCGGAGGGAGCUGGCGCUCGAGGGCGUGCUCAGCAAAUACACUAACCUCCUCCAGGGUUGGCAGAACAGGUACUUUGUGCUGGAUUUUGAGGCUGGCAUCCUGCAGUAUUUUGUGAAUGAGCAAAGCAAACACCAGAAGCCUCGAGGAGCCCUGUCUUUAUCUGGAGCCAUAGUGUCCCUGAGUGACGAAGCUCCCCACAUGCUGGUCGUGUACUCUGCUAACGGAGAGAUGUAUAAGCUGAGAGCUGCUGAUGCAAGAGAGAAACAGUUUUGGGUGACUCAGCUUCGAGCAUGUGCCAAAUAUCACAUGGAAAUGAAUUCUAAGAUGAUGAACCAGGUGGAAGGGCAGCAGAAGAACCUCGUACAUGCCAUUGAGUCCCUGCCAGGGUCUGGCCCCCUCACUGCCUUGGACCAGGAUCUGCUGCUCCUGAAAGCGACCUCUGCUGCUACCCUCAGCUGCCUUGGGGAGUGCCUCAGCUUGUUACAACAGAGCGUGCACCAGGCUGGCCAGCCCAGCCACAAGCCAGGGGCCUCCGAAAACAUCCUGGGAUGGCAUGGGCCCAAGUCACAUUCCACAGAGCAGAUGAAAAAUGGGACGCUUGGUUCUUUGCCAUCAGCCAGUGCCAACAUAACCUGGGCCAUUUUACCAAACUCCGCGGAAGAUGAACAAACCUUACAGCCAGAGCCAGAGCCAAACUCAGGCCCUGAAUUGGUUUUGUCUGAAGAUGAAAAAAGUGACAAUGAAGAUAAGGAAGAGACAGAAUUGGGCGUCAUGGAGGAUCAGCGUAGUAUAAUUCUUCAUCUCAUCUCACAGCUCAAGCUCGGAAUGGAUUUGACCAAGGUGGUUCUUCCCACAUUUAUUCUGGAGAAGCGAUCCUUGCUGGAGAUGUAUGCAGACUUUAUGGCCCACCCAGACCUGCUGCUGGCCGUCACCGCUGGGGCCACGCCGGAGGAGAGAGUCAUUUGCUUCGUGGAAUAUUAUCUCACAGCCUUCCAUGAGGGCCGCAAGGGAGCUCUGGCCAAGAAGCCUUACAACCCCAUCAUUGGCGAGACAUUUCACUGUUCCUGGGAAGUUCCCAAGGACAAGGUCAGGCCUAAGAGGACUGCUGCCUCCUCAUCUGGCAAUGACCAUGAAUGCCCGGUAGUGGAUGACUCUUCCAAAGGCUAUAAGCUGAAGUUUGUGGCAGAGCAGGUAUCCCACCACCCUCCCAUCUCCUGCUUCUACUGUGAGUGCAAGGAGAGAAGACUGUGUGUCAGCACUCACGUGUGGACCAAGAGCAAGUUCAUGGGCAUGUCCGUGGGCGUCUCCAUGAUAGGCGAAGGUGUGCUGAGGCUCCUGGAACAUGGGGAAGAGUAUGUAUUCACCCUGCCUAGUGCCUAUGCCCGGUCUAUUCUCACCAUCCCCUGGGUGGAGCUCGGAGGAAAAGUCAGCAUCAACUGCGCCAAGACUGGGUACUCCGCGACGGUGACAUUCCACACCAAGCCUUUCUAUGGAGGGAAAGUCCACAGGGUCACAGCAGAAGUGAAGCACAAUCCAACCAACACCAUUGUUUGUAAAGCUCAUGGGGAAUGGAACGGUACUUUAGAGUUUACCUAUAGCAACGGAGAAACCAAAGUCAUCGACACGACCACACUGCCCGUGUAUCCUAAGAAGAUCAGACCUCUGGAGAAGCAGGGGCCCAUGGAGUCCAGGAACCUCUGGAAGGAGGUGACCCGAUACUUGAGGCUGGGGGACAUUGACGCAGCCACUGAACAGAAGCGGCACCUGGAGGAGAAGCAGCGGGUGGAGGAACGGAAGCGGGAGAGCCUCCAUACCCCAUGGAAGCCUAAAUAUUUCAUCCAGGAGGGCGACGGCUGGAUAUACUUCAACCCCCUCUGGAAGGCACACUGAUGGCAUGGAGGUGUAGAGCUUCCCCAAAUAGCCUUGUUUUUGUAGGAAUUAAAGUGAUACAGUAUCAAGGUUUUGUUGGCUUUCACUGAGACCUCCUGUUAGCACCAAGAAAUGGUAACAGAGAAAUUAUAUACUGUGAAAAAUGCACCCCCAAACUCUGAAGGAGUGAAUUUAUUCAAGAGCCAUUUGAGGCAUGUGUGUGUACACAUGAUAUAUGUUCACACACACCGCACUAUGUACACAUUUGAGUAUUACACCUGUAAAUACUGCACUCACCAAGGUGUAAGUGGGUAAUCAGGAGCUCCUUUUUACCAGUAAGGUUUAAAGUUUUCUAUUUUUCACUUUGCCAGAAACGUUUUACACUCACAAAGAUAUUCUCAUUUAGUUAACUCCUGUCAAAACAAAGGAGAAUUGGCAAGGCCCAACUGACAUCCACCUGGUAGAAAGUGGCUCAUUCCUGGUGGAGGUGCAGGUGAUUAUCAUUUAAACAUUGUUGCUUCCCACAUCAGUGUUUUGUCUGCCUACACCCUCUACACCCGAGAAAGAUAAGCGUUUCCUGCUAGACAGGGUGGGCAGGACAUUAUUAAAGUUUAUGCUAGAGCCUUCCAUGAUGGAGUGGUUAUUCUUGCUCUGGGAGAACUCAGAGCCAGACCCCAACAAGAAGUUUUCUGCCCAUUUUUCUGACAAUUUCUCACACUCCAACACUAGUCAUAUAUUUUUCACAAGCUGCGGCUUUUACAGCAGAAAGCAAAUCAUAUUGGAGACUUGACUACUUUUAUGAUGAAAAAGGGCUUUCGAAAUUAAAUACACGCAUGCAUAUACCAAGAUGCACAACCACAGCCUCCAUCUUGUAUUUAGUUUGGGGAAAGAGAAAAUAAUUUCUUGUGGAUUUUUUUUCUUAAGUGCACCUCUCUGGUUUGACCCAAACUCUACAAGAAAGCACUGUGAUUAAAACACACAUACAGCCUGCAUCAGUGUUCCAUGGUUUCGGUUGAAUUUCGGUUCUUAGCCUUUUACAAAUUAGGUCAAAGAAGUGACCGAAAUAAAAAGCAAGGAGAAAUGAAAUAUUUGAUUUUUGCUAAAUGCUUUAUUUUUUACAGUGCCACUUCAAUGACAUUUAUAAAAUUCAAUAGCAUGAAUGCUUCUCUGUAGUAAUACUAAUUUUGUGCCUUUUGUCUGCUUUCUUAAGACCAAUUGUUCACACUUUGUAGAUAUUAGACAAAUAUAUUUCGAUUAAAUAC